AUGACUAUACAGGAUCACAAUACAAUACAUCCCAAUGUUAUUCAAGAUGUGUCUACUGAAGCUCCUGGAAUUGUUGCUGGUGAAUUAGCUGCAGAAGAUGAAGGAUUAUUAAGUAAUGAUGCUUUGAAAACUCAUACAUAUGGAUCAGUAUCAACACCAGAAACAACCCAUUAUGAAAUUGAUGAUCCUAAUGGAGGUUAUGCCUUACCCAAAACUCAAUUAUACACUGUUGUUUCCAGUUUAUUCAUGGCAUCUUUCUUAGCAGCUUUGGAUGGAACCGUGGUUACUACAUUAUUAACUUUAAUUGCUUCUGAAUUACAUGCAGUGUCCAAUAUUUCUUGGAUUGCCACUGCUUAUUUAUUAUCUUCGGCAGCUUUCCAACCUAUAUUUGGUAAAUUAUCCGAUAUAUUCGGAAGAAAGGCAUUAUUACUUGGAUGUAGUACUUUGUUUGCUGUUGGGUGUGCCAUUUGUGGUGCUGCUGAUUCAGUUUUGGUUUUAGUUAUUGGUAGAUUUGUCACUGGUUGUGGAGGUUCAGGUUUGACCUCUUUGGGGACUAUUACCAUGUCUGAUAUAAUUCCAUUGAGAGAUAGAGGAUAUUACCAAGGAUUGGCUAAUAUUUUUUUUGGAUUAGGAGCUGCAUCAGGUGGGGCCAUAGGUGGUUUAUUAGCUGAUUGGCUUGGGUGGAAAUAUGUUUUCAUAUUGCAAGUUCCUUUAGCCUUGUCGGUUUUUUUCGCAAUUUACUUUUUCUUGAAUUUACCAGAAGGUUCACCUGGUUUGGGUAUGGAAGGUAAUGUUUCAGAGAAAUUGAAACGUGUUGACUUUUUGGGAUCAUUCUUUUUGGUCAGUUCACUUAUGGUGUUUUUAAGUGCAGCUUCCUUGGGUGGUAGAGAAAUUGCUUAUUCAUCAUUUACAUUCAUUGGUUUAAUAAUUUCCGCAUUUGUAUUAUUGACAGCUUUUGUUGCAGUUGAACUUUAUGUCUCAGAAGAACCAAUAUUACCAAUUGAAUUGUUUGCUAAUAGAACAGUUUUAGCUUCUUCGUUAACCAAUUGGUUCUAUACCAUGUCAAUUUUCACAACAUUGUUCUAUGUUCCUAUUUAUUAUAGUUCUGUCAUUGGUUUAACACCUACUGAAAAUGGGUUGAGAUUGGUGCCUAAUUUUUUCGGUGUCUCAUUUGGAUCGGUUGGAGCUGGGAUUUAUAUGAAAAAAACCGGUCGUUAUUACAAGUUGGCAGUUUUAGCUGGUAUUUUCGCCAUUUUUGGUAUUGGCAAAAUAGCGUUACUUACUCCUAACAUUCCAACUUGGCAACAGUUUUUAUUGUUGAUUCCUUCAGGAUUGGGUUACUCGUGUAUAUUGACUGUUACUUUACUUGCCUUGAUUGCUGCAGCACCUUUAAAAUAUCAAGCUUGUACCACAUCAAUUCAAUACACUUUUAGAUCAACAGGUUCUACACUAGGAGUGUCCGCUGCAACGGCAGUUUUCCAAAAUGUUUUACUCCUUCAGUUGACUAAGAAAAUUAAUGAAUUGGUUUCUGAUCCUCGUGAAGCGGCAAAGAUCAUUGCCAAAGCUUUGGAUAGUACAGAGUACGUGAAUGAAGCUCCUAAAUAUGUUAGAGAAGCUAUAAGAGCUUCAUACGAUGCCGGGUGUAAAGGAGCUUUUGGAUUUGCUUUUGCAACAAUUGUUCUUGGUGUCAUUUCAUCUUUAUUCAUGAGAGAACACGUUUUACACACAAGUAUUAAUAGAGACUAA